CCCCUCUCUGUGCUGUUUGUGACUGUGCGCCAAUGAAAUCUAUACACAGUGAGCUAAUGGCAGCUUUCUUGUAGCGUUAUCGGUGUUGUUUAUUUCACAAUGGCAGUGGAUUCACUAUCUCCUGACUGGGAGUUCGAUCGCUUUGAUGAUGGAUCGCAAAAAAUCCACACCGAAGUGCAGCUUAAAAGCUAUGAGAAGUUUCUUGAAGAGUAUGCUGCUCAGCUCCAGGGGAUCGAGGAAGCGUUAGAUGACUCUAUCGGAGAUGUGUGGGACUUUACUCUCGAUCCUAUUGCUUUGAAGCUCAUCCCGUAUGAACAGUCCUCGCUGUUGGAGCUCAUCAAAACUGAAAAUAAGGUGCUCAACAAAGUUAUUACAGUUUAUGCAGCUCUGUGCUGUGAGGUCAAAAAGCUGAAGUAUGAGGCUGAAACAAAGUUCUAUAACGGCUUGUUGUACUACGGCGAAGGAGUGUCCGACACAAGUGUGGUGGAAGGAGAGUCUCAAAUACAGAUGGGCCGCUUCAUUUCCUUUUUACAGGAGCUGUCUUGUUUCGUCUCUCGUUGCUUUGAGGUGGUGGUCAAUAUGGUUCAGCAGCUGGCUGCUUUAUACAACAGCAACAAGACUGCAACAAAAAUCAUUGAGUCCACAGGUGUACACUUUCAGACAGUGUACGAGCAUCUAGGUGAACUUCUGGCUGUCCUCAUCACGCUGGAUGAGAUCAUGGAGAACCACACCACGCUCAAGGAACACUGGAAGAUGUACAAAAGGUUACUCAAAUCUGUCCAUCAUAACCCAGCAAAGUUUGCCAUUCCAGAGGAGAAGCUGAAGCCCUUUGAGAAGCUUAUACUGAAGCUGGAGGGACAGCUGCUGGACAGCAUGAUCUUUCAGGCUUGUGUGGAGCAGAGGUUUGAUAAUGCAGGAGAGGGAGUAUCCGUCUCUAAAAACAGUGCCUUUGCUGAGGAGUUUUUCUACAAUAUUAGAACCAUAUUUGUCAAUGUGGAGUCUAAGCUCGGAGAACCCUCUGAGAUCGAUCAGAGGGAUAAGUACGCUGGCGUCUGUUGUCUCUUCGUGUUGCACUUUCAUAUCUUCAGGACCGUUGAUAAGAAGAUCUACAAAUCCCUGUUGGAUGUGUGUAAAAAGGUCCCCGCAGUGACAUUAACAGCAAACAUCGUCUGGUUUCCCGACACGUUUUUAAUAAACAAAGUCCCCGCAGGAGCCAAACUGAUGGAUAAGAAAAGCAUCCAAAGCAUCCGCAGCAACAGAGACACGUUCUUACAGCAAAAAGCACAGAUGCUAAUUAAGGACAUGCAGUCUUACUACAUAUUCGUGACUUCUUGGAUGAUGAAGAUGGAGUCCAUAUUGUCCAAAGAACCCAAACCAGACAAACUCUCUGAAGAUUUGAGCAACAGAUGUAAUACGUUUGUACAGGGAAUACUGUACGCUUACAGCAUCAGCACCAUCAUCAAGACCACCAUGAACAUGUACAUGUCCAUGCAGCGCCCCAUGACCAAGACCUCUGUGAAAGCCCUGUGUCGAAUGAUGGAGCUGUUAAAAGCUGUUGAGCACACUUUCCACCGGCGGUCAUUGGUAGUCGCAGACUCUGUGUCUCACAUCACACAACAGCUACAGACUCAAGCUCUGGCCUCCAUCUCCACUGCUAAGAAAAGAGUGAUCUCGGAUAAGAAGUACAGUGAGCAGAGACUGGAUGUUCUGUCUGCUCUGGUUCUGGCUGAAAACACUCUGAAUGGCCCGAGUACUAAAGAGAGGAGGCUAGUAGUGUCUCUGGCUCUUAGCGUUGGCACUCAGAUGAAAACAUUUAAGGAUGAGGAGCUUCUUCCUCUACAGCUUGUGAUGAAGAAACUGGAUUUAAUCAGUGAACUUAGAGAAAGAGUGAAAGUCCAAUGUGACUGCAGUUUCCUCUACUGGCAUCGCACAGUGUUCCCUAUCUAUCUGGAUGAUGUGUAUGAAAAUGCUGUGGAUGCGGCCAGAAUACACUACAUGUUCAGUGCGCUCAGAGACUGUGUUCCCACCAUGUUGUACGCCAAACACAUGGAGUCAUGUGAUCAGCUGCUGGCGUGUUAUGACACUGAGAUCAUGGAAAUCCUCAAUCAGCACCUGCUGGACAAGCUGUGUAAGGAGAUCGAGAAAGACCUGCGUCUGUCUGUGCACACGCACCUCAAACUGGAUGACCGAAACCCUUUCAAAGUGGGCAUGAAGGACCUGGCUCACUUCUUCUCUCUCAAACCCGUUCGCUUCUUUAACCGGUUUAUUGACAUUAAAGCCUACGUGACUCACUAUCUAGACAAGACAUUCUACAACCUGACGACUGUGGCUCUUCAUGACUGGGCCACAUACAGCGAGAUGAGGAAUCUCGCCACCCAGCGCUAUGGUUUGUUCAUGACCGAAGCCCAUCUACCCAGCCAAACUCUAGAACAGGGACUUGAUGUUCUUGAGAUCAUGAGGAACAUUCACGUCUUUGUCUCCCGCUACCUCUACAACCUUAACAACCAGAUUUUCAUAGAGAAGACCAGCAACAACAAGCACUUGAACACCAUUAACAUCCGUCACAUUGCCAACUCUAUUCGCACACAUGGGACUGGCAUCAUGAACACAACGGUUAACUUUACGUAUCAGUUCCUCCGCAAGAAAUUCUACAUUUUCAGUCAGUUCAUGUACGACGAGCACAUCAAAUCCAGACUCAUCAAAGACAUCCGCUUCUUUAGGGAAACCAAAGAUCAGACAGACCAGAAGUAUCCUUUCGAUCGAGCAGAGAAGUUUAACCGUGGAAUUAGGAAGUUGGGUCUAACACCGGAUGGGCAGAGCUACCUGGACCAGUAUAGACAGCUGAUCAGUCAGAUCGGUAAUGCGAUGGGCUACGUAAGGAUGAUUCGUUCUGGAGGUCUGCACUGCUGCAGUAGUGCUAUCAGGUUUGUUCCUGAUCUUGAAGAUAUUGUGAACUUUGAAGAACUUGUGAAAGAGGAGGGUCUCUCAGAAGAGACACAGAAAGCUGCCAGCCAGCUUGACUGUGUGCUUAGCGACUUAACCAGCAAUUCUGCCGAAGGAACCGAGUACUUUAAGAUGCUGGUGGGGGUUUUCGCUCCAGAGUUUCGCAGCGCCAAGAACAUGCACUUGAGGAACUUCUACAUGAUCGUUCCUCCUCUGACAGUAAAUUUUGUGGAACACUCCAUCAGCUGCAAAGAAAAACUCAAUAAGAAGAAUAAGGAAGGAGCCACCUUCACAGACGACGGUUUUGCCAUGGGUGUUGCCUACAUCCUGAAGCUUUUAGACCAGUAUCAGGAGUUUGACUCGCUGCACUGGUUCCAGGCUGUCAGGGAAAAGUACAAGAAAGAGAUGGUGAAGGAGCAGAACGUUCAGUCCACAAGCCACGAUGAGAAGCUCAUGCAGACAAUGAACCUGACGCAGAAGAGACUCGAUGUCUAUCUUCAGGAGUUUGAGCUGCUGUAUUUCUCUCUGAGCAGCGCUCGGAUCUUCUUCAGGGCUGAUAAAACAGCGGCAGAGGAGACUCUGGAGAAGAAGGACAGAGAGGACGUGACUAAAAGCGGUGCCGGUUCUUCUACCGUCGAGGGUUCUCCUGGUGACCCAAGUGCCAAGUGAGGAGUGUUUGAUACCAGAACGUUCAAAACAGAAUUCUUUGUUGAAGAUAAUGCAUUCAGUCAUCUCUCUAGAAAACAUAGACGUUGUGCAAAUUAUUCUUCUGUUGGAGUGCACUACUCAAACAUUGUAUAGUAUCUUUUUUAAAUGCACUUAAUUGACUGGAACAGACUGGUUUAUUUUGAGACCUCCAUUGUUUUGGCGUAACCUGUUCAGCAGCUGUCUAGUCCAUAACCAUUUUUGAUUGGUAGAUGAAGCACUAUGAUUGUGUGUCGUUGUAGUUUUUUCUUAAAGCAGACACAAUAUUUUUAUAAUACUGCAUUCUGGGAUACAGAAAUCUAAGAAAUUCUAUGAUUGAAGGAUCGGAAAUACUUAACAAUAAUGUUGUACUUGUUAACAUUAGUAAAGGCUUUAGCUAACAUUAAACAAUGCAAUUUUAGCAUUUAUUUAUCUUUAAGGUUUGUUAAUGUAAAAACAGUUAUUGAUGUUAGUUGACGGUGCAUUAACUAAUGUUAACAGAUACAACUUUUGAUUUAAAAAUGUAUUAGCAAAUGCUGAAACUAACUAAGAUUAAUAAAUGCUGUAGAUGUGUUCUUCAUUGUUUGUUCAUGUUAACAAAUACAACCUCAUUGUAAAAGUUACCAAAGGGUCCGAUGAUGAAGUUUAUAUCAUAUGUAACUUCUGUAAACUAGAAUGUGUUAGUAGUCGGAUUACUAAUAUACGAUUUUAGUCCAUUUUAACAAGCAUUGCCAGCAUUUAUUUCAAUUGAUGUGAAAACAUUAAAAUGUAGCAGUUUUGUGUACCCAACACAA